AUGGGAAUCAAACUUUUUAGCGGCAAGGCUACACCGUUCGCUCUUUUCUUCAGUCCACUCACCACCUUACAGUCUCCUUGGGUUCUCCCUCUAAUUUCCUCCCCACACUUUGCGGACGAAGGGUCCCCUACCUCUUCCAGGGUUCAUUUCAAAUCAUCGACGAUGCUGCCCUGCGCUCUAUUCGCUUUGCUCGUGCCUUUGCUCGUGGCGGCCCAGUCGCCCGAAGGGACCAUCUCGGGUCCAACGACCAGUGCUGAGGCGGCCGGAUACUCCUGCGACGCUUCCAAGUGCCAGCUUCCAAAUUGCAAUUGUGCCAGCGUGAAACCGCCUGGUGGCCUGCAACCGAGCGAUGUCCCCCAAUUCAUCGUAUUCACUGCAGAUGAUGCCAUUCAGUCAUACACCCUUGAUGCUGUGAAUCAAUUCUUGGCGCACAGAAAGAAUCCAAAUGGCUGCGCUCCAAAGAUGACCUACUAUACGUCCCUGGGCUACACGAAUUACAGUCUUGUCACUGAUUGGUUUGUUGCCGGUAACGAAAUUGCCGAUCAUACUGUCAACCAUGUCGGCGACCCAUCUGCUGGAGAGAUCAACGGCAACCUUAUUGCCCUGAAUGCCUUGGCGGGCAUUCCGCUUGCCUCCAUCAAAGGCUUCCGCGCACCUUUCUUGAACUACUCCGUCGAUACUCUUAAGAGGCUUUAUGAAUCCAAAUUCACUUACGACUCUUCUGCUUCCGCCUCCGUUCCCGUCACAGAUCCUAAUAGUGAUGCGUUUUGGCCGUAUACAUUGGACUAUGGUAUGGCGAAUGACUGUUUGGAAGUUCCUGGAAGCUGCAAAGGCGAACCGAAGCUCCCUGGCUUCUGGGAAAUCCCCAUGUACGCCUUUUUCGACAAUCUUGGUGUCGCCGGACCCCAUUUGAUGGAUCCUUGGCUUGACAACGCCAACGGAGCAAGCGCCAUCAACGACACGGCCACCCUCGAAUAUAUGAAAAACACCUUUACGGCACACUACAACGGCAACCGACAGCCAAUCGGACUCUACACCCAUCCUAUCCACGUUUCCCGCUCCGUUCCCGGCUCUACGGCGUCAAAUUCUACUAUUAAUAUGAUCAAUGCUUUCUUGGACUGGGCGCAGAACCAACAGAAUGUAUGGAUCAUAUCCAGCGAACAGCUGCUUGACUGGGUCCAGCACCCCACCCCCGUCUCCCAACUCGAUCAAUUGAGCUCCCUCAAAUGCUCCACUCCCCAGGUUGACGCCAAGAUCUGCAACGGCAUGCCAUCGAGUCAAGCAGGUCUGAUCCAACACUGCGCUUUCCCUGAUUUCCCCUUCUACACUUGCUAUGGCUGUCCUCAGGACCACCCAACUGUCGAGAAGCCUAACCCGCCUCAGCAAGUGGCUGAUGGGCAGCAAGCACGAUUCCGCCUUCCUCAAAAUUGUUCAACGCCUUUCUGGGACCCGAUUAAAGGCGAGUGCAUCUGCACGUCCAGCACGUGUGCCUUCGCCGACGAUUCAAGACCGAUUGGGCCUAAUGGCGCCAACCUCACUGGCGGCGGUACGGGGACAUUCGAAGAUCCUGCAUCUUCGUCCACAACAUAUGUCCCCUUCAACAAUGCUCUUCCAUCAGUAUCACUGGAUAUUCUCCCCACAUUAAUCCUCGGAGUUGUUGGUGCCUUCAUUGGGACCUUCGGCGUCAUCUCUAGGUUUUGA